AUGAAUGGUGAUCAUGGAAUUAUUUAUACACUUGAUUUAUAUAUUUAUAUACAAAAGUUGAAACGUGAAAUCCAUUCACCAAAACUAUUUUAUCCAGCAGUUGGACGUCUUCAGAUCGCUUAUCGUUUAACAACAGAUGGAAAAUUUCAAGAAGCUGUUGAAAAUUUUCGUUUAAUAUUAUUAUCUGUUGCAUUAUGUAUUGUUGAAUCACGUCAAGAUAUUCUUGAGAGUCAACAAUUAACUGAAAUAUAUAAUCAUUAUGGUGAUGAAAAUCUUGAUUCUACUAUAGAAAAACAUGGUCUUAAUGGAGCAUUUCCAAGAACUGUUGUAAUAACAACAAUGAAACGAGAAACAACACCAUCGGGAAGAUGCGUUAUUGAAAAACAAAUUCAAUAA